GCAACUACUUGAUUCGGUCAUAUUGGACUCCUGUCAUUCAAAGUAACGAUACAUCUAGUCUCAGAGGGAAGACCCCGCGAUCUCAUAGGAUCAUAUCAGGUCGUUUCGCCGGGACCCAACCACUGUGUCCACCUGCCUAAUUAGGGUAACAUUGUCUCCUGCACAAGUGUCUCUUAAGCGCGUCCCAGAGUGGUAUCCAUCACCCGCCGGAAACAGGUCGCAGUGUACUUACUGUCGCCAUAUCCUUUCCUUCAACCCGGAGUUGUCACAUUACCCAACUUCGACAAUAUCAACUUUGGGCUUUGGGUAUCGCAUCAACCCUAACGUCCUUCCGUGAAGAGAAAAAAAAACUUCGUCUUCGGAGUUGAAUUUACGCAAGCCGAAGAGAAGCUUAUAGGGCGUGAUCUUUACAAGUCCGUAUCAGCUCACGUUUAAGGAUAUCUUCUAAGCUGGACUCCCGCGGCUGGGUGGCACGACAUAAAAUCCAACGCCGUACCUAGCCUCCUCCUGGUUUCGCUUCAUAUUCUGGAAGUCUUCCAGGGAUUAUAGCAAACUAGUUCUUAGUCUUUUCUCACUAAAGGCUCUUUGAAACCGUCAGCCAAUAUGUCUCUUGCGCGCGCCUUUACAACUAGGCGAAAGCAGUCGUCGCAGGAUCUGGGGAUAUUGCCUCAGCGGAGCAAUACCACAGCCAAGAAUAGCUCUGCGGCAAUUCGCAACAAGAUAUCUGGUCCUAUGGCCCUUACCCACACAACUAAUAUGCUUGCAUACAACGCACCAGAUUUAUAUCCUCAACCAGAAAUCUCGCCAACUGAGUCCAAAUCCGAAGACUCUUCUUCUGAUAGUCCCCGUACUAGCGCAUCAUCACCGCCGACGAGUCCUGACAUUCCGUCGGCUACGGAUCGAUCUACCACGCCGGAACACAACCACCUUUCCUGCUAUUUCGUCGCUCCAGGUCAACCUAAGACGCCUGCAGCUACCAACCAGGCGCCCAUUAUCCCAAAGCGAUCGCCAUCACACACCAAGAAGGCGUCGAUCGACAACUUGGCAAACAAGUUCUCGCGUCUUUCUAACCAAUCUAGCAAGUCUAUCUCCACCAAGGCAAGCUUUUCGCUUUCUCGCUCGUCAUCAACCUCGACGGCCGCUACUUCCGUCUCGUCAGGUUCUUUCUCGCGCAAACCAUCUGUUUCAUUCGCUACGGCACCUCCCAUGCCUCCCGUAAUCACAUCGCCACCCCCAGCUCGUCCGGCCUUUCGACGAGACUAUUCCGACGCUCAACAUCCUUUCGGUAACGAGUUGGCGCAGGUGACGGAACUGGCAGAGGAACUAGGCAUCAAAGACAAGAUGCAGGUUAUCGACGAAGAAGAGAAAGAGCUUCUCGCACGAGGCCUUUGCAGGUUCCGACCCGAAGAUUACUUGGCCGAGGUCCAGGGACUCUUCGCGACCUUCUUCCAGCCUGAGCCUGCCGAAAUACAACAGGCAUGGAUUUAAAAGAAGCAUGCAAGCUACGUUCCGUCCGAGUCUCGCUGCCGGAGGUUCGGAGAUAGGAUUAUAUGCGGCAUUUCAAUGUAUAUAUUUGGACAAGUCGACUAGGGGUCUGCGCACAAAGGUACCUAACCUAGCACAUAGGUCUCUUACAUACGGGGUCUUAGCGAUCAGAUUUACGGGAUUAAGUUGUGGAGUUUGGGAUGAUAUUGCGCGCCGGUUUAAGGUUCAAAGUGACCAAGGCGUUCGAGACGUGGCUUGAAUUUUUGUGGUUUUAAUACCCGGGCACUUAGCACUAGACCCAUACCGGUCAUUUUCUUCUGUUUUAUUGUCAAAGUUUACAA